AUGUUUUUCUCUUGUGAUUUACAAGUGUGGUUAAAGAAGAAUGGGAGCUCAAAUCCUAGCAGAGCUCGCUUUCACCAAUGGCCAUGGACAAGAAUAUUCAGCCACGCGUGUUGGCUAAUAUGGAAGGCACACUGCAAACAGCUUUUCAGCGAAGGCAUCCCUUCAAGCCUUGAGGUGCAACAACAGUGUCUCUUUCAUCUUAUGGAGGAAGUAACUAUGGGAACUCUAUCCCAUAAACUGCUCCAACACAAUCAUGAGAGAAGCUGGACGCCACCAAAAGAAGGCGAAGUGAGACUUGAUGUAGAUGCGUCUAUUCGACAGUACAGCCAAGCGACAUGCGAUGGGGUCAUACGAGACGCAACAGGAGAGUGGAUUAUGGGAUUUGAAAAAGCACUUGGAGCUUACCCGGUCUCAACAGCUGAAAUCCUAGCUAUCAAGACCGGGCUCGAGGUCUGCAAAGGACUUCAUAUUAGUGACAUACAUGUGUAUUCAGACUCACUGGAGGCAAUUAAUAUGUUGAUAAAAGAUAGCAGAACCAACCACCCUUUUAAAGAGGAAAUAGAGGAGACCAGAAAACUCUUGUAUGAGGAGUGGAAUGUGAUCAUUUCACAUGCAAACAGAGAGAAUAUCCACUGUGCUGACAGCAUGACUCGAACAGUGCAAGUCGCAAGUCAGGAUGUCAUCCUAUAUCCGGAAAUACCAGCAUGGUGCCGGGAAGGAUUUUGGAGAGACAAAAGAACGAUGGCGGGGGGCUAG